AUGGUUAAAAGCUUCCCCACUUCUGAGUUAGUCCAACAAAAAGGACUACUUGGAUCCAAUCAAAGUGAGUCCCUUCAUUAAGAGAGAUCAGUCAUACCCGAUCAGACCAGUUCUGGCGAAGACUUUCGGUUAGAAAAAUGUCUAAACAAUCAUGAGAACGGGCAAGUAAAAGUCUGGUGAAACGGUAGCGACUAAAACAAAUAGAAAGGAAUUGCGUAAGAGAGUAAAAGAAGCGUGUACGAAGGGUCAUGUUAAAAGCGAGCCAAGAAAAACGAGAGAUGAAAGUGGAUGUAUACAAAGAUGAGAGACACAUAGACGAGUGUCUCGUCCGUGAAGAGUUCCUUCGGGCUAACUUUCACUAACAAUUUCGCCGUCUGUGACACAUAUUCCAUCGUCGAAGUAGUGGGGACGGUCAGGCUGAGGCUGUAGCUGAUACAUUGUCAUCGUGGUCCCAGACGAAAGCACUGGGGAGGAAAAAAAGCUUGCGAAAUCCAACCGGAGAUAGAAAGGGGAUGGGAGGGGGUUACGGUCAGUUCUAGCAACGAAAUUUCGGGCAAAACUGUUCGUCAGUCGUUCACGGGACCGCGACGGACUCUGUCUCGCCUAUCCCACGAUUACUAUCAUCGUGGACAAUCGAGAAAUAUAUCUGAACUGCGACCCUCGGAGGUCUGAGCAACCGAGCCGUUGCUCACGAGACUCUCUGGGACCGUCGAUGUUCGCGGGAAUGCAGUCACCUGCUGUUAUCGUUGUAUAACAAACCGGGUCGACGAUGCGAACCACGAAGAGCACCGACCACGCUAUGCUGCUGGCUACCUACGGCCUACGUUUGCUCGUAGUCGUCCUCGUGAUCGCGGCCGCGGCCACGUUUCUCCACGUGAACAAUUACAGGCCCAAACAAAUAUUCCUCUCCUGCGACAGGCCGUGCCAUCACCUGGACUGGCCCAUGAUCUGCCGGGUGAAGCUCACUUUAGAAGUGUUCCAAUCGCUCAGCAAAUCGUGCGGCGACUGUCCGCAGAAUGAGACAGCGUGUUUCGCAGAUCACUGCGUGUCGACGGAUGGACAUCGACGCGGGAUACUCACGGCAAAUCGUCAGCUACCUGGUCCAACCAUUCAGGUCUGCGAAAACGACAUUUUAGUGGUGGACGUAAUUAACCGGCUUCCGGGUAAGGCAGCGGCCGUGCACUGGCGCGGUCAGACCCAAGUCGAGACGCCGUUUAUGGACGGCUCCCCCCUGGUCACCCAAUGCCCGAUACCCAGCUACACCACUUUCCAGUACAAGUUCCGUGCCUCCACCGCUGGCACCCAUCUGUGGCAUGCCCACGCGGGAGCGGACGUUGGAAAUGGAAUCUUUGGUGCGUUAGUCGUGAAGCAGGCGGACAUAAAAGACCCCCAUCGAGCUCUGUACGACAUCGACGACUCGAACCACGUGGUGUUGAUCAGUCAGUGGCAGCACUCGCCAGAAAUUGCGUUCACUCAAGGUCACGCUAAACCAGCGAUCCUUUUGGUGAACGGGAAAGGACGUCAGCCGAACGGACCGAACGUUCCAUCAACGGUGUUCCAGGUGGUCCCAGGAAGACGUCAUCGGUUCCGAGUUGCGAACGCCGGAGGCGCUGGAUCGUGUCCAGUGACCUUUUCCAUAGAUGCCCAUCCGCUUCUGAUAAUUGCGCUUGAUGGCCAGCCAGUGGAACCGCAGCAAGCCAUAUCGAUCACUCUGGCUAAAGGAGAGCGGGUGGACUUCGUUUUAAAGGCGAACAAGCGACUGGCCUCUUAUUGGAUGAACGUGCACACGUCUAAAGAAUGCGGGAAGAAUUCGAUAAACGGUGCGGCGAUUAUAAACUACAAAGGCAGCUCGAAGGAUCCUCUGUCACCCGCGGAAGCUAACGACCAACCGGAAGUCGAGGAGACCGUCGGACGAGUCGCGAUGACGACCAAUCCUACUGAAAAAUGCGGAAAUCCUGAAACCCUUUGCGUGACGGAAAUGCAGUCGUUAAGAAAAAUGCCAUCGACUCUGGGAACGAUGAAGACCGACGUAACCAUUCGGCUGCCCAUUAAUUACAGGCUGCAGACGAACGACAUCGUAGGGAACGGUGGAGUGGAAACGAGAGUCCUAAACGUGAACAACGUUUCUUUUACGUAUCCGUCGUCGCCAUUGCUGACGCAGGGGAAGGACGUGAUCGAAGAAACCCUGUGCUCCACCACCCCUGAGGAGGACGAAGCUAGAGUCGAGAACAACGAGACAGCGUCGUUGUCGUCGCGACGCUGCCGCCGCGACGUCGUUUCAUCAUCGAAUACGUGCGAGUGCGUUCACGUAAGGUACAUUCCGCUUGGAGCCACCGUCGAGAUCAUCCUCCUCGAUCAAGGUGGUCUGGACGAUUUAGUUUACCACCUGCAUGGGUACAGCUUCUACGUGGUGGGAGCUCGAAGAUUCGGGCGCAGCGUGUCACUGCGGGAACUGAAGAGCCUUGAUGACAAGGGUCAAUUAUUCAUCCGGAAUUUGGACUGCACGGUUGCCAAGGACACGGUGGUCGUGCCGAAAUACGGUGCAGUCGCCAUCAGAUUCAAAGCUGACAACCCAGGUUAUUGGAUGUUACGAGACGAGCACGCAGCCGAUUGGACGAGAGGUUUGGACGUGAUUCUCCAAGUCGGAGAUCCGAGUAAUAUGGUAUCUGCUCCGGAAGAUUUCCCAAAAUGCGGAUCCUUCGUCGGGCCGGACUACUUCCUCAUAUAGACUGCUAGUUCCCUUAAGAAUCUUUGGUCGUGUAUAUAAUUGUAAAUAAACUCGGACAGACUGAAAAGUGUACACGCCUUGAAAAAAAAAGACUUUUAACUGUUACGUUCGUUAUACGCAAACGACUUAAGAAGAUGUGCAGGGUAGUCGCUAGAAUUAUUUUCUCGAUCAACGGAGCUCCGACACACAGUUUUUGUACUCCUUUUAAAUAAAUAUCAUUUUAAAUUAA